GGCUCCAAGUGACAAGGUUGGUUAAUUAAUACUUAAACUCCCAACCCAACCCAACCGCCCUCUUUCCUUCUUCCUCCCUCUUCUUCUUCCCAUCUUCUUCAUCCAUCACAUCAUAAUCAUCAUCAUCAACCUGUCUGUCCUGUCUGUCCGUGACACCUCUCCUCCUCCCAACGUUUCAUCGUUUCAUCGAUCGGUUCUCUGUCCUCAUCUUCCACUUGCCUUGCCUUCUCCUUUGGCAUUCUCUCUUGAGUUGUUGCAAUACGCCACAAACCCCGCUCUUCGGUCUGCCACUGAGUCACCAUCAUAUCUUUGAAUCUCUCUCAACGUUUCAAAGUCCGCCACCAUGCAGAUUUUUGUAAAGACUCUCACCGGAAAGACCAUCACACUCGAUGUUGAGUCUGGUGAUACGAUCGACGCGGUGAAGUCUAAGAUUCAAGACAAGGAGGGCAUCCCUCCCGAUCAGCAACGUCUUAUCUUCGCCGGCAAGCAGCUGGAAGACGGCCGUACUCUUUCUGAUUACAAUAUCCAGAAGGAGUCUACUCUUCACUUGGUUCUCCGUCUCCGUGGAGGAAUGCAAAUCUUCGUCAAAACUCUUACCGGGAAGACCAUUACAUUGGAGGUGGAAUCUUCUGAUACCAUCGACAAUGUAAAGAGUAAAAUCCAGGACAAAGAAGGCAUCCCCCCAGAUCAGCAACGCCUGAUCUUCGCUGGAAAGCAACUGGAGGAUGGCCGCACCUUGUCUGAUUAUAAUAUUCAAAAGGAAUCGACCCUCCAUCUUGUCCUUCGUCUCCGUGGUGGAAUGCAGAUCUUCGUUAAGACCCUGACCGGCAAAACUAUUACCUUGGAAGUCGAGAGCUCAGAUACCAUUGACAACGUUAAAAGCAAAAUCCAAGAUAAAGAGGGUAUCCCACCAGACCAGCAACGACUCAUCUUUGCCGGGAAACAGCUCGAGGAUGGCCGAACACUCUCGGAUUAUAAUAUCCAAAAGGAAUCCACACUCCACCUUGUCCUCCGUCUUCGUGGCGGUAUGCAGAUUUUCGUUAAGACCCUGACCGGCAAAACUAUUACCUUGGAAGUCGAGAGCUCAGAUACCAUCGACAACGUUAAAAGCAAAAUCCAAGAUAAAGAGGGUAUCCCACCAGACCAGCAACGACUCAUCUUUGCCGGGAAACAGCUCGAGGAUGGCCGAACACUCUCAGAUUAUAAUAUCCAAAAGGAAUCCACACUCCACCUUGUCCUCCGUCUUCGUGGCGGUAUGCAGAUUUUCGUGAAAACCCUGACCGGCAAAACCAUCACACUCGAAGUUGAGAGCUCCGAUACCAUUGACAAUGUAAAAAGCAAAAUUCAAGAUAAGGAAGGUAUCCCCCCAGACCAGCAGCGUCUCAUCUUUGCUGGUAAGCAGCUGGAAGAUGGUCGGACACUCUCUGACUACAACAUUCAAAAGGAGAGUACUCUCCAUUUGGUGUUGAGAUUGCGGGGUGGCCAAUAAAUACAUCAACCCUUUGGCUUUUAUUUUGCUGCUUGGGUGUUUUCUUGUUUUUUUUUUCUUUUCCUACGGCUGGAGGAAAUACAAUCACCGGCUUGGCGUCUUUGGGCAAGGGGGAUGGAUUCUUUUUAUGACCUAUUUUCUUCUAUCACAAUUACGACAUGGCAUGCAUUCAUUUACACUCCGCUAGCUAGCUCCAACACAUACACUACCUAGGUACUUCUUGUGCUCAAACUACUCUUCAAAAUAGAAGACUCGUACAAUACUUUUUUU